ACAAUGGCGUCUAUAGUCUAUUUAGUGCACUUUAUGUACAUCAAGGAAGUCAUUUGGGAUACAACCUAAACUUUAGGUAACGCGAGCGCAGACUUUAAACUGGACAGAGCAAAGAAGAUGUCUAAAAUGGAAAAUAAUUCAUAAUUUAUCAGUUAAAUAAUGGUUUAAUCCGCUGUAAGGAAUUACACUCUCUGGUUUAUGAGUAAAUAAGGUAUAUCAGAAAGGCUACGGGAUUAUUUUUUGUAAAUAAAGUGGGACAUGGCCGUCAGUUUUGGUGACACUCAUUCACCUAACCUGGUGUUCUUUGAUUUGGAGACUACUGGCCUUGGCCCCUCGUGUGACAUUGUUCAGCUAGCGGCAGUGAGCGGUCAUCACACAUUAAACCUCUUCAUGGUUCCUCGAUGCCGGAUGGAGCCUGGGGCAUCUAGAAUUACCGGCUUCAGAGUUCGCCGCCAUCGACUCUUUCUUCACCACAGGCCAGUGCUCACCAACUCGCUGAAGGAAGCCCUGGUGUCCUUUAUAACCUUCCUUCGUAUGUUCGGACGCCCGCUGCUGGUAGGUCACAACAUUCGCAGGUUUGAUUGCCUUGUCCUGGCCAGAGUUUUGGAUGAGUUUGGCCUAAAAGCAGCCUUCCAGGCUGGAAUCCUGGGCUUCCUGGACAGUCUCCCCUUAACCCGGCAGAUGCUCAAGGACAGUGGUGUCCACAGCUUUAAACAGGAGAACUUGGUAAAGACUUUGCUUGGGGUUUCCUAUGCAGCUCAUGAUGCCUUGGGUGAUGUCCAGGCCCUACAGAAGCUUUACUGGGCUCUCAGACCCACAGCCAGUCAGAUUCAGCAGCACACUUUCAGCCUGGACUCACUGUGUAGUAAACGCUCGAAAGACACAAUAACUCGUGUGAUCAUUAAAUCAGAGAAAAAUGGUGAAAUCCCACUACUACAGUCCUCAAAUUCAGAGGAUCUUUUGGUGAAAUGGCUCAACUGAUCCUUCAGAACAAUAAAAUACAUAACUUUUAACAUUCAAAUGUAUUAUUAGCAAACAUCAGAAUUUGGAGUGGACAAAAUGUCAGGCUUAGCACUUUGUUUUUAACGAUACUCAUGAAAUCCCUUUAUUUGAAUAAAUAU